CGAGCCUCUUUGCAUUGGAACAGAGAUCAGGAAAAAUUGAUUACAAACAAUCAUCAUUCGCCGCUGUAGCAAUUAGAAUUGUAGGGAGUGUUGUUAGAACACAAAAUUUCCAUUUCCGAGUUGAAAUACAAAAAGAUAACAAGCCUGUGAACGUGAGAGAAGGAGCGAACUCAUCUUGUGACUAAAGAUUUCGUUCGUGGUUUUUUAUCUGAGAUUCGCGUCAAGGUGUAAAAAAAGAGCAGACCUUCAGUUUUCGGCGAAAUGAAUUCCUCAACUGGCCAUAUCAUACGAGUAACGUGGCUAUCUAACGUCUUUGUGUUCGGGGCCCUUGGAAAUCUCCUUUUAUUUGCGGUGAUUUUGCGAAAGGGGAGAAUCGCCAACGUUGCCAAUCUGUUCAACCUGAACUUAGCUGUGGGUGACGUGUUACGCAUCAUCGUGUUUGUACCUGUUUAUUUGGAUUAUUCCUCGCAAGGCGAAUGGCCGAGGUUAUUAGGAAGUGCUGGUUGUAAAGGGAUAUUCAUGAUUGUCCAGAGCAGUUUAACGGUUUCCAUAAUAACUUUAAUGCUUAUGAGCUUGGAACGAUUUCAGGCUGUAGUACACCCGCUGAAAAAACAGAUGACUAUAAAUAUUGCCAAGGGCGCUGUGGUCCUUUCGUGGGUCUUAGGGUUACUCACUAGUGUCUGGUUUGCCUUAUCGAUUGACACGAAAAUAGAUGAUAAACGUAGUUGUGGUGUUGUGGCUACAGAUUUCUGGAUAAAGGUAACGCUCCUGCUGCUUAUCAUAGGAACACAAUGGCUUCCUGGGGUAUUUUUCACGGUAGCGUACAUAAAGAUCAUUCUGAAGUUGCGCAGAGACUCCGUAAUAAACCCAUCGGAUGUUUCCCAAAGCUCGCAAAAUCGCCAUCGGAGGAAUAAAAGAGCGGCUCGCAUCUUAGUCAUAGAGGUUCUAUUAUUCCUUUGUUUUCUGUAUCCUUUUUAUCAGCACAGCUUGGCGUGGAUUUUGGGAUCUGAUGAUAUCGUUAGUCCUUUGUCAGUAAAAGGGACGUUCAUUUUUUGCAUGAUGAUGUCAUAUUCUCUUAUUAACCCCAUUUGUCAUAUUGCGCUUAACAGCGAGUUUAGAGCUGAAAUUUUUAGAAUGAUCUGCCAGUUUAAAGGUUGUUGUUGCCGCGCGAAAACCCGGCCCAGCAGUUGUUCACAAUGUCAUGUAAGACCGUGGCAUGAGAACCAACAAGGAACGCACCACGCCGCUGAAAGAACAAAAACAACCACGGGCAUAUGACAUUUCGAGUUGUCUGAAUUCUGAAAGAAAACGGACAUCGAAGAUAAGGAGAUACUCGGAAGAAUUUGUCUGAAGUAAGAUGUGGGACCGGUCCAUUUCAAGAAGAAUAUUUCUAGAUAAAUAUCAUUUUCCAAGUUUUAGUAAGCUCGCUGACUGAACAAAUAAAAGGGCAAAAUUUUUUGGGUUCCUCUCUUCCACCCAGCAUCAAAAAUAAUCCUUAUUGAUAUUCCAAACUACAAAAAUCAACAUAUGGUUUAUUCUGAUAUUCAUAUUCACAAAUAAUUGUCUUUGAAUUUUUAAAAGGUUCUGCCGGUAACCUAAGAAACUGUAACAAUUUCUUGUUAUAAUGAUUUAACUUACAAUAUUUACACCUGAUAUCAGUCUGGUGAACUAUUCCAACUGUCUCAUAAAAAAUAUUUCGAAUUAUCGAUGCUUGUUCAAUAUCAAGCGAACUAACUGAUGAUUUCUAAAAUACCUUUUUAAAUCAAAAGUACACAACGAAAAUAAGGACUCGUGAAAUUCACAUUGUAUGUGUCGUGAACGCAUGUGGAGAAGCAUACGUAUUUCCUUGAAAGCCACUCGCCUGAUGAGUAACAAUUGGGCUAAGUGGGAUGCCCGUAUCUGAUUGGCUGACCACAGCAUUGGGUUCGCGGGUGGAAAACGGUGACACCGCUGUGUGGAGCAUGUGGCCGUACGUUUCUGUGGCGGAACAGUAGGGUGUCACAUGAUACUGAGUAGGUAACAUGGCGCCGUGCGGUAAUGACGAUAAGCACGCAUUGAAGGCAGAGAAAGCAGUAUUUGAAUGACAUGUUGGUGUCUGAGGCGGCAUCGUAGGACUUAGAGGAACACUCUGAUAAGGAGAUGGUACAGGGACUGAUGCAUGCGGGGAACAAGAACCUUGAUCUGCCCAAAAGGAAAAAUAAUAAAAAUGAAGAGAUAAACAUAACGAGAGCAUAUCAAUGCGGCUCUGAUUGUGUCCGAAAGGGCAAUCGGAAGACACACUCCUUGCCGUUAUCUCCUGAUUGUAGUCGUGCCUUUAAUGGAGGUAAAAGAAACACCUUUUAAAGAGGCAUUUUUUUCAAUCGGGAUCUGAGUUUUUUGUCAUGGGAAGGAAUAAACUGUGAAUUGGUCAGUUUUAAAAACGCAACCACCAGAUCGAUAUAAGGAGAAGAGAUCCAAAUACUGUCGACUCACCGGAACUAAGCUGUUCAUCUCUUCCCCUGAAGUUUGAAUAAUGUAAAGUUCUUCCUGCGGUUGGUCUAAAGUAUGAAUAAGCUUGCAUUAUCUCUUCCAUUGGAUCCCUGUUUAUAU